AAUUGAAGUUAAAGUGAUUGUCUGUGUUAUUUCCAUUUGAUACAAGAAUAAGAUACUGUUGGCAUUUCCUAUACUUUGUAAAAUUAAUGAGUUAGCAAUAAGCAAAAGCUUUCAUAAUCAUAUCAUUUCAAAGCCAUUUCAAAAUUAUGAAGAACUCAAAAUUUCAAAACAAUUAUAAAUUUUAUGUGAUAAAAUUCUUUAUGCGAAAACUUCAAAAUUCGGUUCAAUAAAAGUUUUAGAUCAUGGGUCUUUCAAAGAAGAAAAGAUCGAAAGCCGAAUCAGCGCCCAUACCUUCUUGGGCUAGACCCGUCACACGAAGCCAUGCAACUCAAUUUAGAAAACAUGAGCUUUGGCAUGCUGCUACAACAGGAAAACCAAACAAUUUAGACGAAUCUAGCACAGGAAUGAUAUUCUUAAAUGGUAAACCAACUAUUCUUACUAGUAAUACUUACAGUUUACUGAAAUCAAGUUUUUACACCGACAAUUCUAAAGAACCAAAAGCUUCUGAAGUCAACAGUCAAUUCGAGAGCAACGAUUUAAAUCCACCUUUGCCGCUGUCUUAUUGGGAUGAUAAAACAAAUUCUUUUCAAGAAAUUGAUGGAACACGAGCAAAAGACCGUUUUCUUGAUUUGACUAAUAAAAGAAAUGAAGAAAUUGAAAACUAUGGCUCGAAAUCCACUUUUUCACCACCUGUUACAGUAGAAAACCAGAAAUGUUCGCCAGAAGAAAUAGAAAUCCAACCCAACCUGCUCAUUAAGAAUGAUUGUCCUUUCAAUAGAAAUGUAGAGCAAAGGCGAGUCUUAGAGGAAACUCAACAAAAUUCAUUUCAAGAAGUCAGUGGCACACAAGCAAAAGACUUUUUUCUUGAUUACUCCAGUAAAGGGAUGGAAGAACCUGAAAAUCUUGUCUCUCAAUCCAACCAUUUAAUACAAAAGUACCCUUUUGAAGAAGCUCAACUUAACCAGAUCACGAAAAAUGAUUGUCCUAUCAACGCAAAUGUGGACCAAAGGCAAAUUCUGGAAAGAGUAGAGGAUACUCAACCUAAAAAGUUAGUAUCUGAUUUGACCUAUAAGAAUGGUUUUCCAAUCUAUAAAAACUUGAAGCAAUGGCAAGUUCCAGAAAGAAUGUUGCACUGUCAGACAGCGAUUAAUAAACUUCCCGACAGUUGCGCUGCUGGCAAGAUUAAAAUGGAUGCACGUCAACAAAGUACCAGAUUUCAUCACAAUAAACGAAAUGGCAACAUGCGCGAUGAGCACCGAAGAUUUUCAGCAGUUUUACUUGAUAAUUUUUUUACAAAUGUUCUUUUGAUCGUUUCUCCUAUUUUUGAUUUGUUUGAAAGUAUACCUUUCCAUGUUUAUAAUUCAAUAAGAAGAUUUUCUUGAGCGUUAGAGAUUAGUGUACUUUUUAAUCAAGUUUUACUCUUUUAUUAUCGUUUGGU